GAGCAGUACCUGGCCUGGUCAUGUAAUCCGCACACACAUACAUGAUUUCGUAUGUACCAAAGACUUGGCCCCAGAGCCUCCACUGGUGUCGUGUGUGUAUCUUAUCCCGUAUUCCAGACGCAGUGGCAAAGGUCCAACGAGGCUGGUUCAGUCUGGUGGGAUGAUAAAGACGACGCACCGACCUCGGGAGGAACGCCUUCGUUCACUUUCACUCGCUUUCAUGACCACUCCCACGGUGGACAUGCUGCUCUAAUAAUACUCUUUGGGGCUUCCACAGUCGCUCGCUCAUACGUGCACUUGUACCCAUUCCGCUCGCUCAACAUAGCACCUUUCCCCCGCAGCCAUGCGCGCGUUCGCUCUGUCACUGGGCGCCUUGGCCAUUGGCCUGGCCAGUGCCCACGAGUACCCCAACUGUGAGGCAGACAACUGCUACCGCAACUUGAUCGACGAGCGGUUCGCCGAGAAGGCCGUGUCCUUCUGUCCCGAGUUUCUUGCCGGGACUACGACCGCUGCGUCGGCCAUCCCGACCGAUUUCGCCAACUGCGAGGGCGACGUCAAGGCUGUAAGCUCCGCCUGCUCGUGUAUCACCUACACGGCAACAGCCACCGCCAGCUCCAGCACCACCGAGGUUUCGGAGACCUCGACCACUAAGGUCCCGCCCGAGAGUUCGACUACCGAGGCUCCGGAGACCUCGACUACAUGUACCGAGACUCCGGAGACCUCGACCACCAAAGCUCCUGAGACAUCGAGUACCGAGGCUCCGGAGACCUCGACUACAUGUACCGAGACUCCGGAGACAUCGACUACAUGUACCGAGACUCCUGAGACAUCGACUACCGAGGCUACGGAGACCUCGACUACAUGUACCGAGACUUCGGAGACCUCGACCACCAAAGCUCCUGAGACCUCGACUACCAAGGUACCCCCUAAGACGUCGACUACCAAGGUGCCUCCUAAGACUACCCAGUGGACCACCAGUACUAUUACCACUACCGCUACACGCACUAUCACCUCGUGCCCCCCUCCGGUGACCAAGUGCCCUGGUAACGGUACUACCACUGUCACCACCGAGACCAUCGUCACUACUACCGUGUGCCCCGUGACCGAGACUACCAAGUCAGAACACCCGACUACCAGCCCGGAGCACCCGACUACCAAGCCAGAGCACCCUAAGCCGACUACCAAGUGGACUACUAGUACUAUUACCACUACCGCCACACGCACUAUCACCUCGUGCCCCCCUCCGGUGACCAAGUGCCCUGGUAACGGUACUACCACUGUCACUACCGAGACCAUCGUCACUACCACCGUAUGCCCCGUGACCGAGACUACCAAGUCAGAGCACCCGACUACCAAGCCGGAGCACCCGACUACCACGCCGGAGCACCCGACUACCAAGUCGGAGCAUCCCAAGCCGCCCAAGCCGACUAGCGAGCAGCCGGAGCCGACUAGCGAGCCCCAACGCCCCCCCAGCUUCUCCAGCUACAUCCCCACCCUGACCACCGUCACGUCGCCCACCAUCACGCCCUCCACCACCGGCAGACCCGCGCCGCCCAGCACCUCCGGUCCCGCCACCGCUGGUGCCGGCCGUGCCGUCCGCGGCGUGGAGGGCAUUGCUGCCGUUGCUGGCCUCUUUGCUGUCCUUCUGUGAGCGUCGGGCAAGCUCUGAGCAGUGAAACUAGACACCCUCGGGCAACUGAAGGCGGCAAUCCGGAUGGAGGUUGCGUUUGUCUUUGGGUAGCUUUGAGGUUGAGGGGUGUAUUGUCACGCGCUCGGAUAACAUUAAGGCGCGAUACACCACCCCGCGGGUUGUUUCCU